AUAAAUGUAAUUCCUUCGCGUCGCAUCGUCAGACUUUUAUUUAAUGGAAUAUCUGUUUUCAUUUAAAACUGCUACAAAUACGUGAAAAAAUGACAGAGAAUGUAGAGCAUUAUCGCAAUCAAAUAGCUUUAGCUCGGACAGAAAUAAAGAAUUUGAGGCAGCAACUCUCCUCCUUGAAACACGAGCAUCUUAAGGAGAUUAAAGCGAUUAAAGAAGCUCUGAGUGAAUUACGAUGUGCAAAUUGUGCUGAGUCAGCUACAACGGUUCAAAGAGAUGUCAUAGAGCAGCCAUCUUCUUCGGUAGAAGUAGAUGGUGGCAUUGCAUACCGGGCCAUUGGGGUGAUUGAGACUUCUUUUCAGAACAAGCGGGGGGUGCCGCGGCAGCCGUCGGUGCUGGCGAAGGCCCGGGGAGCGGUGGUCAUUGAUCCCAGCAUUUUUAACAAUCCGGAACAUGCUUUGAGUGGGUUGGAAGAGUUUUCACAUAUGUGGAUAAUAUUCCACUUCCAUGCAACAGAGAGCAGCAGCGUGCCAGCAAAGGUGUCUCCACCCCGCCUGGGCGGUGAGCGGCGUGGGGUGUUCUCCACACGGUCGCCGCACAGGCCCUGCCCCAUUGGGCUGUCACUUGUCAAGAUAGAGAGCAUUGAAGGCAACCGAAUCUAUUUCUUCGGAGUGGACAUGGUGAACGGCACUCCAGUUCUCGACAUCAAACCAUACAUUCCGCAGUACGACUACCCUGUCUUCGAAACACCUAUGUCCUCUCUAGUUCGGCCACCGACGGAAGGGACGAGUGAUGGGCUAGAUGUCGCUAACUUGCAGCUAGAUGACAGCUAUGAUGCGAGAAGCCUCAGCCCACGGCAAACGAAUCCGGUCGGCGACACCAGCCCGGCCGCCCUCCCCCCCACCGCGCCGUCCCCCGACUCCCCCUCCUCCACGGAGCUGCUGGCCCACAGCCUGCGCUCUCCCACACGGCGCCCGGACACAGAGCGCGGCGCGCCCGACGGACAAGAGCGCUUCACCCCCCCUCAGUCCGCCCAACUCCUCAACUUGACCCACGACGGCAUCAGAGUAGCCCCCUGGAUCGACAACCCCCCCACGCAAACAUACGACGUCCGAUUCACUGACGACGCCCUGACGAGGCUAGUCGAACUGAUCGGCGACCGAGCGCAAGCCUUCAAAAACAACUUAAUCGGUCUCCUCUCCGAAGACCCGAGAUCCAACUAUGUUAGAACCAGAUACCCGGACCACGAGUAUAACUGUGUGUUAGAGGAUUUGUCGAUCAGCUGUGUCUUCGACGUGGCGUCGGCGGUGUGCACUAUUAUCGCUGUGCGGAACGCUGAUGAUCUACAGAAUUAGAUUUGCCUAAUGUUUAAAUCUCAAUAAUUUAUUUUAUGCGAGCACAAUUAUAAUUUGUUGGCA